CCCCUGCAGGGGGUUUCACUAACCCCUAACCCUUGCACCAUGGCGAUGGCCACCAAGAUUUUUCGAUGCACCGCGAGCUUUUCUUGUGCUUCACUCAGCCCUGCUGCAAUCCCACAGAGGAGAUUGGCAGCACAGCUGUGCCGCAGAUUCAUAGCUUCAAGCGGGAAGGAUGGGGAGGCUGCUCUAAAAGUGGAUGCUGAGAAUGAAUGAACAGAUGCGAGCAAUUUUAUGAAUAAGACUGGCCUCAAGCGCACAGAGGUUGGUGUUGGGAAUGGUCUGACAGCGGGUGUGAUGAUUGCCCCUUCUGCCGGUGCGUCACUCUUUCCCUUCCGGUUGUAUUUCUCACGUAGUGAAUUGGGAAACUAACGGCCCGGGGUGAAUAGGUAUUCUCAAGCAAACCACAACAAUGGACGUGGGAUCUCAAUCAAUCUACCUUGGCAUGCAAGCUCCAACUCCUACGGACCCUUGCGUACUUGAUGCUAUACUUCUCAUCUGUGCCGGUCUCUACGGAAAUCCUCAGUCAUGCAUACAUCCCUAUGGCUGGGAAACCGAAAAGGUGAUUGAUAUUGCAUGUGAGCAUGUUACAAAGCUCAAUGGAGCCUACCCAAAGGAGAUCGUGUUAACCUCUGGAGCCACGGGGUCGAAUGAUAUGUCGAUCAAGUAUGGGGCGAGGUUUUACGACUCCAAGAAGCAUAUGAUCACAUUGCGGACGGACCACAAGUGUAUUUUGGAUUUGCGGCGACAUUUACAAGACGAGGGGUACGAUACCUAGGCCGAGCUGGUUAAUGAGUGUUGCUACGGCGGUCCUGUAUUCUUCGUCUGUCGGAUUGCAAGAAGUCAUGUUUGGGGGGGGGGAAGGUGGGGAACCCGGAAAGUUAGGUUUUGUAAAUCCAUUUUACCCAGCAGCAACCCCCACCAACGCGGGAGGCACACGAACAACUAUCACAAUGGAACCACGAGAAGUGACCCACG